AUGCAGGGUGCACCGCGUGCUCCGCCGGCGCGCGGCUCAGCGCCGCAGCCGGCACGACCUACACCGCGGCACCAGCCUGCGCCGCGGCACCAGCCCCAGCCGAGCGUCGCCGCGGCUUCGUCGCUGUUUGGCGAAGCGCCGAGCACGGAUGCAUUUGGCAUGACCAAGUCGCCUUCGUGGCUCGGGGCGCUGGACGAGGGCGUACAGUCCAAGCCUGCCGAGACACAGGCUUCCCAGGACCAGAUGCAGGCGAUUCCGGAGCAAGCGCACGACGCAUGGAACGCCCAAGCGCCAACCGAGGGCCAGUAUGACGACGGCCAGUGGGACGCGCAGUGGGACGACCAGUAUGCUCAAAACGAUGCACAGUACGACCAGUAUGCGCAGGGCGACUAUGCCGCGCAAGGCGAGUUUGUCGACGAUGCACAGUACGAGCAAUACGUCGACGACGCACAGUAUGACCAGUUUGGGCAGUACGACCAGGCCGCGCCCCAGGGCGAGCAGGAGUACGACUGGUACGGACAGGACCAGGGCAAUGCGCAAAACGUGCAGGGACUCGGCGUCGCCGUAGGCCCCGAAGCCGGGUAUGGCUACGAACAGGGCCAGGACGGCUAUGCGUACGAGCAGCAAGACGGCGGAUUCCUUGAUCCGUCGCAGUACGAUGCCGAGCUCGAUCAGGCAUGGAGCGGAGAGAAUGCGCAAGGCGAAUACGCCCAGGAACCGUACCCUGCCGAGGGCGAGUACGGCCAAGAGGGCGAAUAUGCUCAGGGCGAGUAUGCUCAAGAGGGCGAGUAUGCUCCAGAGGGCGAGUAUGCUCCAGAGGGCGAGUUUCUCAACGAAGAUGAAUACGCACAGCAAGGCGAAUUCCUCCCUGAAGGCGAAUACGCGCAAGAGGGCGAGUAUGCCCAGGGUGAAUACCCUGAAGGUGAAUAUGCCCAGGGCGACUAUGCACAAGAGGGCGAGUACCAAGGCGAGUACCAGGGCGAGUACGCCGAGGGCGACUAUGCUCAGGGCGAAUACGCCGAGGGUGGAUACCCUGCCGAGGGUGAAUAUCCUGCCGAGGGCGAGUACCCUGCCGAAGGCGAAUAUGCCGCCGAGAGUGAAUACCUUGCCGAGGGUGAAUACCCUGCCGAGGGUGAGUACCCUGCCGAGGGCGAGUACCCUGCCGAGGGCGAGUACCCUGCCGAGGGCGAGUACCCUGCCGAGGGCGAGUACCCUGCCGAGGGCGAGUACCCUGCCGAGGGCGAGUACCCUGCCGAGGGCGAGUACCCUGCCGAGGGCGAGUACCCUGCCGAGGGCGAGUACCCUGCCGAGGGCGAGUACCCUGCCGAGGGCGAGUACCCUGCCGAAGGCGAAUAUGCCGCCGAGGGCGAGUACCUUGCCGAGGGUGAAUAUGCCGCCGAGGGCGAAUAUGCUGCCGAGGGCGAAUACGCUCCUGAAGGCGACUUCCAGGGCGAGUAUCCCGACUAUGCCCAGGACCAGUACGACCAAGAGUACCCCGAACAGGGCCAGGAAGAGUACCCUGCCGAGCCGCAGGAAGCGUACCAGCCCAAGGAACCCGAAUACAUUCCCGAGCCAAUCCCUGAGCCCGAGCCCAUUCCCGAGCCGGCCCCGGCCGCAUCUGCGCCGCCCAAGGGUGCUGCAGGUCCCCCGCGUGGUCCCCCGCGCUCGCAGGGCCCGCCUUCGAGGCAGACCAAGCCGCAGCAUGUGCAGGGUCUCUUCAACCCCUCGCCGCGCGUGCCGAGUGAGGCGAGCGACCGCAGCAUACGCGACCUGGCUCAAGAGUCGCCCGCGCCGUCGCGUGGCCCUCCGGGUCGCCGCGAGGCUCAGAAUGCUGCUGUAAAGAGCCCGCCGAUGGCGCCUCAAAGCCAGGGUGUGCCGCAGGUCCCGCCGAUGGGACCUCCUCAGGGUCCACCGCAGAGCCAAAAAGGUCCGCGUGGCCCCAAGGGUGCUCAGCCCCAGGCUCCUCCUCAGGCCCCUCAGGCGCCGCAGUCACACGCUCCCCCUCGCGCCUCUCCUCAGGCUCCCCCCAAACCGCUUCCCCAGGCCCAGGAGCCUCCCCAAGCCCCUCCCAAGGCGCAGGGCCCGCCUAAGACGCAGCCUCCUCCCAAGGCGCAGCCUCCUCCCAAGGCACAGGCUCCUGCUCAGCCUCCGGCCCCAGCGCCGCCGCAGGGCCCGCCGCAAGGGCCUCCGCAGGGUGCGCCGCGCGCUCCUUCGCAGGGUCCCGCGCGUGCCGAUCGUCGUGGCCCGGCACCUCGUGGUGGCCCUCUGCCUCAACAGCAGCCUCCCACGCAGCCCCAGCAGCAGCCCCCCACACCACAGGCCCCUCCGCGUGCUUCUGUUCAGGCCGCUCAGGCGCCAGCCCCGACGCAGGCCCAGCCGACCGCUGCACAGCCUGCUCAGGCCGCUCAGGCCCCUGCGCCUACCCAGGCCCCGCCGCAGGCUUCCCAGGCCCCGCGUGGUCCUCCGCGCGGACCGCCAAGUGCGCGUGGCGCAUCGUCCGAGUCGGCGCCCCGCAAGGCGCCUGAAGCCCCGUCGGCGCCGCAGAGCCUCCACGAGGACUCGCCCAAGACUGUCCGGCCUUCGCAGCCGCGCCGGCCCGAGCCUGUGCGUGCCCAGCGUCCUCCGGCUGUUGAGCCUCGCCGCCUGGAAGACAAGAUGCCGUCGCGCCGCCCCGGCGCGCCUGAGCGUGCCGAGCCUCCUGCACUUGCGCCUGCUGCGCAAGUAAGUGAGCCGAGCGACGAUGCAUGGGGCCUCGGCGAGACGCAGGCCGUGCCUGCGUCGCCGCCCAAGGCCGCAGCCCCGAGCCGCGGUCCUGCGCGCCGCCCUGAGCCGUUGCAUCAGCAGAUGGGCCAGAUGCGUCUGGACGAGCGUGGACCGAAACAGCGCGGCCCGCCGAAGCGUGCUGAGGCGCCCCCGCCGCCCCCCCCUGCGCCGGAGCCCGUCGCCGAAGAGGGCUGGGACGAGUGGCCGGAAGAGACCGACGAGGCGGCGCAGGGGCCGUACGCGGCCGAGCCGCCCAGCGCCGAUCCCUACGCGGCGCCCCAAGGCGAGGACCCCUACGCGGCGCCUGCUGCUCAGAACCCCUAUGCGGCUCCGUCGCAGGAUCCCUAUGCGGCGCCUGCCGGGUCUGAGGAUCCCUAUGGAGCUCCUUCCUCGCAGGACCCCUACAGUGCGCCUGCAUCGCAGGACCCCUACGGUGCGCCCUCGUACCCCCCCGAGCCUUCGUACGCCCCCGAGCCUUCGUACACCCCCGCAAAGGCCGCGCGUGCGCCGGCCCCACGCGGCCGUGGCGCCCCCCGUGGCCGCGGAAAGCCCCGUGGCCGUGCGGACAUCCCGCGCGCGCACGGUGCGGCGGACCCUGUGGAAGAGCGCAAGAAUGCCACGAUCCCCAUCGUGUCGUUCGGUGUCGGUGGCAAGCUUGUGGUCCAUCUGCCAAAGGCAUCUGCACAAGGCGAUGCAUUUGGCUACGAUGCCCCCCGUGUGCAGCGCUCGGUGAGUGUGCGCAAGCUUGCGCCCCAGCUUGGAUCGCGCAACUUCUCGACGCUGGACCUCGAAAAGUUCCCCGGCCCCCUCCUCGAGACGACGCAAAAAAGCGCUCUUCAAAAGAAGAAGGCGGCUGUGGUGCAGUACCUCCAAGAGCAGAUUGACGAAUCCGCGAGCGGUGUCGGCUACCUGCGGCGCAAAUCGGUCCUCUCAGGCAACGAAGGCGACGCUGCGGCGCACAGCCACGAUGUCGAAGAGUGGCGCCGCACCGAGGACAAGAUCCUUCUGCUGCGUCUCUUGGUACUGCUCGUCGAGCGCGAUGGGCGCCUGGGCGAGGAUGCCAACGCCGCGAUUUGUGCGUUGCUGCAAGGCAAGGCCGAAGGCUCCGAGUUCUCUGCGUUUGCUGUGCCGACCUAUGCACAGACGCCGCAGCAGAACAAGACACGUCCUUUGCGCUCUUACCAGCUGCGCCAGUCGUUCCUCGACGAGCUGCAGAACUUGCUGCAGCAGGGCCAAAGCCAGCAGGCGGUCGAGUUUGCGAUGCACGAAAAGAUGUGGGCGCAUGCCAUGGCCAUUGCGCAGCACCUCGACCAAAGCGUGCGCGACGAGGUCAUGCGCCAGUUUAUGGCUCACGAGCUCGAUGGCGCCGACCACAUGGAAAAGGCGCUGCUCAAGGACCGCACGAGCGUCAAGGUUGCCUACGCCUUGUACACGCGCCAGACGCCGGAGCAGAUUGCCAACCUGUUCACUGCGCCGAACGCCGAUGCAUCGCUCUCUGCGGAAGCGAAGCACGCGCAGUGGCGCCACUCGGCCGCGACACUCCUUUCCAACCAGCGCGAGAGCUCGGACACAUUCGUUCUCAAGGCGAUCGGCGACGGUCUGAUGUCCUCGGGCCUGCCGGAGGCCGCGCAUGUGUGCUACCUCCUUGCCGGCCAGCACCGCGCGUGCGCGGCCUCGCCCCAGUUCACACUGCUGGGCGCGAAGCCGAACGCAAUGCCCGCUGCGCUGCUGCGCGACCUCGAUGCGUUGCUCAUGACCGAGGUGCUUGAGUUUGCAUUUGCGCUUGCGCCGGUGCCCAAGGGCCAGGAGGCCUUCAACGGCAUCCCUGCCCUUGCGCCGUACAAGCUUGCCCUUGCUGUCGUGCACGACGAGCUGGGUAAUGCGCCGCGUGCCAAGAAGUACUGCGAUGCGCUCGAGACGGCGGGCCGCCAGACCAAGGCGCAGCUGUAUCACCCCGCGCUUCUUGCGGAACUGCACCAGGUCUCGAGCAGGCUGCACGGCCAGCAGCUCGGUACCGACGGCAACUCGUGGGGCCGCAAACUCUCGCGCCCGACGCUCGAUGGCGUCUGGGGUGCACUCGAGGGGCGGCUGACCAAGUUUAUUGCCGGCGAGGAAGACGCACCGCGCGAGCAGGCGCCGGUGCCGAGCGGGCCGGAAGUGGGUGCAUUUACGCAUUACAGUGCCAUUACACCCGACCUUGCAGGCUCCAUGGACGCGCUGUCCGAGCCGGAGGGUGAGGCGGCCGAGUACGCGGCCGACGAAGCGUACCCAGAAGGCGAGGGCUAUGCGCCAGAGGCUUAUGCGGAGCAGUAUGCCGGCGAGUAUGCUGAAGGCGAAUAUGCCGAAGGCGAGUAUGCCGAGGGCGAGUAUGCUGGAGGCGAAUAUGCCGAGGGCGAAUAUGCCGAGGGCGAAUACGCCGGAGAGUACGCGGAGGGUGAAUAUGCCGAGCACGAGUAUCCCCAGGAUGGAUAUGCGGAAGGCGAGUACGCUGAAGGCGAAUACCCGCAAGGCGAGUAUGCCGAGGGCGAGUACCCUGAAGGCCAGUACGCCGAGGGCGAGUAUGCUGAAGGCCAGUACGCCGAGGGCGAGUAUGCCGAGGGCGAGUACCCCGAAGGCGAGUACCCCGAAGGCGAGUAUGUCGAAGGCGAUUAUGCCGAAGGCGAGUAUGCCGAAGGCGAGUACCCUCAGGGUGAAUACGCAGAGGGCGAAUAUGCUGAAGGCGAAUACCCGCAGGGUGAGUAUGCCGAAGGCGAAUAUGCCGAAGGCGAGUACCCCCAGGGUGAAUACGCCGAGGGCGAGUACCCGGAAGGCGAGUAUCCCGAGGGCGAAUACCCCGAAGGCGAGCACCCCGAGGGUGAGUACCCCGAGGGUGACCAAGACGCGUAUGCUCCAGGCGAGCCCGACGCUGGGCCGGUGCCCGACUCGUCCGACCCCUAUGGUGCGCCUGCAGCCGAAGAUCCCUACAGUGCCGGUGCUCCGCCUGCGAACGACGACGCGGACGACGAUGAUGACGAUGACGACAAGUUCGACGAGGCGCAGGAUGCCGAGGAGCCUGAACCCCCCGCCGCGGCACCCCCACUCUUCCACAAGGUGGACCCUGGUGAGGAGGUGCAAGAAGAGGACGGUGUGAUUGCACCCAUGGCCGUCCCCGAGCUUGCCCCCUCAACGCCUUCUGUCCCCCCGCGCGGCGCUCCGACCGACGACGACGACCUUGGUCUUGGCAACGUGUCGCACAAGAAGUCCGAGGAGAAAGAGGAGAAAAAGGACGAAAAGAAGAAAGAGGACGAAAAGAAGGAAGACGAAAAGCCUGCGAGCUCGUGGCUCGGCCGCAUUCUCGGCAGUCGCAGCGCAAGCAGCAGCAGUGGUGCGAGCGACAAAGAAAGCAAGGCGAAGAAGGCGCACCUGGGCGAGGCUACCUCCUUCUACUUUGACAAGGAGAAGAAGCGCUGGGUCAAUCCCAAGGCCGGCGACGACGACAAGAAUAGCCCUGCCGGCCUCCCUCCGCCCCCCAAGGCGGCGCCCAAGAAGGAAGCGCCGGCUGCUGCUGCCGGAUCCCCCCCUGGUGCUCCCCCCGGUGCUCCCCCCGGCGCCCCCGCUGGAGCGAAGAAAAACAAGCCCGACGGACCCAGCCCCCCCACCGGUCUCGGGGACCCUCCGUCGCGGAAAGGCGACGGUCCGCCGCCGCCCCGUGCCGCCUCUGGUGCAGCUAAGAAGCGCCCGAUCAAGUCGCGCUAUGUGGUCGUAGACUAG